CCAGACCUCUCUCCUCUGUUUGCUCUGCCUCUCUCCAUAGCAAUAACACAAACCCUAGUCGCAGUCAUCAAAGAUCCUUCACAAACCUCGGCGGCGGAGGAGCGGCGGCCGCAGGGUGAUUGCUUCAUGCCCGACGCGUUCGUUUCAGAUUUUAGAAUACCGCAUUGAUGGCUAUGGCAUCUCAGAAAAGGGUGCUGCUAAUUACUUACUCUCAAGAAAUUGUGGAUGGUCAGCCAAUCUAUUUAUCCUCUAAUAGCCUCCCGGUCAAGGCUUCAAAAUUGGAACCUGCUGGCCAUGCAUUUCAUGCUGCUGCACUUAGGUUGAUAGGCCACUGUGUGGAAGCGGAUACAGAUGAAGACGAUGAGAAGGAAGUUUCAAAAGAAAAGGAACAUGUUUAUAUACAAUCAUCAGAUUCGUACAGCACUAAAGGGAAGAAGAAAUCUGGUAGUGAAGCAAAGCAGCAGGAUCAUUAUGCUUUAUUAGGGUUGAGCCAUUUGAGGUAUCUUGCAACUGAGGAUCAGAUAAGGAAGAGUUAUCGUGAGGCUGCUCUGAGACAUCAUCCUGACAAGCAAGCUUCUCUUUUGCUUGCUGAAGAAACCGAGGCUGCUAAGCAGGCAAAGAAGGAUGAGAUAGAGAGCCAUUUCAAAGCCAUUCAAGAAGCAUAUGAAGUGUUGAUUGACCCGGUCAGGAGAAGAAUCUAUGACUCUACAGAUGAGUUUGAUGAUGAAAUUCCUUUUGAUUGUGCACCACAGGACUUCUUCAAGGUUUUUGGACCUGCUUUCUUGAGGAAUGGACGCUGGUCUGUCACCCAGCCUGUCCCGACUUUGGGAGAUGACAAAACUCCACUAAAAGAAGUAGAUAGCUUUUACAACUUUUGGUAUAGCUUCAAGAGUUGGAGGGAAUUUCCUCAUGCUGACGAGUUUGACCUCGAGCAAGCUGAGUCCCGUGAUCACAAGAGGUGGAUGGAAAGGCAAAAUGCGAAACUGUCAGAGAAGGCAAGGAAGGAAGAAUAUGCACGAAUACGCACUCUUGUUGAUAAUGCCUAUAAACGGGACCCCAGAAUUUUGAGAAGAAAAGAGGAAGAGAAAGCUGAGAAACAGAGGAAGAAGGAGGCAAAGCUUUUGGCCAAGAAGUUGCAGGAAGAAGAAGCAGCUAAGAUUGCUGAGGAGGAAAGACAACGGAAAGAGGAGGAGGAGAAAAGGGCUGCUGAAGCUGCUUUAAAUCAGAAAAAAAUGAAGGAGAAAGAAAAAAAGCUACUACGCAGAGAACGGACUCGGCUUCGAACACUUUCAGCCCCUGUUUUGUCCGAACAUUUACUUGGUCUUACUGAUGAUGAUGUGGAGGGUCUUUGUUCCACACUUGAUAAAGAGCAGCUCAGGAGUUUGUGUGAUCAGAUGGAAGGGAAGGAAGGGCUAGAUAGAGCUAAGCUCCUCAGAGUGACACUUGAAUCUGAUCACAAACUGAAGGAUGAGAAGGAAGUUGAGGAGAAAGUAAAGCAGAAUGGUUCUGUAGCCGUCAAUGGACAGAUUCCUUAUGGCAGUAACGAGAAGAAGGAAAAACCUUGGAGUAAAGAAGAGAUUGAGCUUUUGAGAAAAGGAAUGCAGAAAUAUCCUAAAGGAACUUCCAGGAGGUGGGAAGUGAUUUCUGAAUAUAUUGGCACUGGGAGGUCAGUUGAACAGAUUCUCAAGGCUACAAAAACGGUUCUUCUGCAGAAGCCUGACUCUGCUAAAGCUUUUGACUCCUUCCUUGAGAAAAGGAAGCCAGCACAAGCAAUUGCAUCUCCUCUUACAACAAGAGAGGUUAUGCAGGGCUUAUCAAAUAGCAAUGUGGCGGAGAGGCAAUCUUCUGGUCCAGACAAUUUGCCGGAGUCAUCCAAUCCAAGUGGAAACAGCCUGAACUCAGAUGAUAGUACGGCUGGUAAUGGGAUUGCUUCAAGUUCAGACCAAGAUUCCUGGUCUGCUGCUCAGGAAAGAGCUUUAGUCCAAGCUCUGAAAACCUUCCCAAAGGAGACUCCCCAGCGCUGGGAACGAGUUGCAGCUGCAGUUCCAGGAAAAACUGUGGCCCAGUGUAAGAAGAAAUUUGCACUGAUGAAGGAGAGCUUCAGGAACAGCACUGUGGCAGAGAAAAACAUCACUAACCUUAACGGUUCGCAGGACUCGUCUAGUCACAAUGAAAAAUGCAAAAGUUCAGCUGAUGGUGAGGCUGAAAGCGGGAUUUCAUCUAGUUCUGACGAAGAUAAAUGGUCUGAGGUUCAGGAGAAAGCAUUGAUCCAAGCUCUUAAAACCUUCCCAAAAGACACCAACCAGCGAUGGGAUCGUGUUGCUGCAGCAGUUCCUGGCAAAACUGUUAAUCAGUGUAAGAAGAAGUUUACUUCACUGAAGGAGAACUUCAGGAACAAGAAAAAUGCAGUUUAGCCCAUAUAGAUCACAUUCAAGCUGGUUUUGACAAUGCUAAACAUGAGUGAGCCCGUCGUGGUAGUAUUCGUCAAUGUUUUCUGUGCUGCAGAUGGGCAUAUAUGGUAACAUCGUACCUCGACCGACACACCAAAUAUAUGACUCAUUGUUAUGGUCAUGCCAUACACUGUCAUUGUUAUGGUCAUGCCCUAGGCGAUAUAUUGAAUUCUUGAUUUUGAAAUGAACCCUUUUCUAUUCAAGGCCAGAGAGUUCAUUAUAUGUGUUUUUGGUAUUUUUAUUUUCUUUAAUUUCUUUAAUCUUCAGAUGGCCAAGCCAUGCACUUGAUGAUGCUGGAGAACUCUUAGAUUUGCUGUAAUUCUUUACACUUUUUGGAUGGCGAUAAUUGUGGCGCCUGUUGCUCAAA